CCUUUUAAACAAAACCAUUCUAGAAUUCUACAAUCCCUCAUUAACUGGAUUGGGAGCUGCUGAGCACAGGAAGGAGGUGGAUCAGAAAGGAUUGUGUUUCCACAGGCAGGGCUGUGUGCUGCCCCACGGCACUUUGGCUGUGCUCGCUGUGUAAGAAGCCUCAGACAAACCUCUUGAGGCUGAGUUACACCUCUGAGCUGAACAGGGCACCUCGAAACCUGUUGCCAUCUUCCCACCUAAAAGCUGUCUGGAAUGAGAUCAGGGAGCACAGAGCCAGGGGAGGACACAGGACUGAGGCCACAGCCAGGGUGGACCAAGCCCUUUCUGCUUGGAGGCUGUGAUGGAGCUGUGCUGUCCUGGUUGUGUCUGUCACACUGCUGUGCCCCAGCAGGUUAAUGGGAAUAUUUUCUUAUUAAUUUUUCUUUAGCAAAUAUCAAUUCUCUGGGGGCAGGGGGGUCCUUUGCCUGUCUUCUGUGCUUAACUGAAGCAGUGCUUGUGAUGAUUCUGAUUCCAUAGUGGCUUUAUCCUCUGUAGUUAGUUUGCAAAGAAAACCACUGUUCUUCCAGUUGAGAAGAGCUCUUCUGCAUUUGUAGCUGGAAAUAGCAUCUCCUCUCUCCAUCCUUCUACUUUUUCUACUUCUACAUCCUUCAACUCCUUUUGAGGGUCGUAGGAUCUUGCAGUGUGUCCUUGCUCCAAUGGACCUACACAAGACAUUGGUGAUUCCAUCAGAUCUUGAACUUAAACCUGGUGAUUUUGGAAUACUGCGGGGCUGUCAGUGCCAGGGUGCUGAGGGAUGCUCCUGCCCAGUGCCAAGGGGAAGCCGAGUGCCCUCUGGUUUCCCACGGAACUCUCUGUCAGAAAUGGACCUGGUUUUGUGCUGCUCACAUUAAGAUGAAAGAAAGCACAGGAGAGAAACAGCUUCUGAGAGGCUUAAAAGCAACAGGCUUUCUUUUCCUCCUGGGAAGGGCACACAGCCAACAUCUUGCUCUUUACAGAUCUCUCUUAAUAAGCAGAAUAUUGCAUUAGGAGCAAGUGAGCCUGCCAAGUAGGAGCAGAAGUGCCCUGCAUCCCACAGCUUCCUUCAUCCCAGUGCCCGUGUGGCUCUGGACCCACGGCUGUCACCUCGUGGCUGCUGUUCCUCGUGGGCAGGGUGGCAGCAUUGAUGGCUGGCUCACCCUGGGGCUGUUGCUUCAUCUGCUGGGUGUUGGUGGAAUGGCUGCUGGAGGACUCCUCCUCUCCUGCAUUUUCUUGCCAGCUGCUUUGAUGAUGGGGGGAGUGAGGCUGGGGAGUGUUGAAAGAUUAUUACGGGAAAACAGCAUCUGAGCAGGAAUGGGAGGAGAUCUAUUGUGUUAGAAAAGCUGUGGGCACAAUUGGCCUGUCAGGGCAAGGAAAGCUCCUUGGGAGGCUGUUGUCCCCAGGUAAGGACUCUGGGAUGCUGUGGUUGGACUGGGAUCAUCCAGAACCCCUGCAGGCAUAGGGACAGGAAGGACUGAGGCUCCUGGAUGUGCAGCAUUGGCUACUUUGAGAAGAAUAAAUCCUUCUUUUCUUCACAUCUCCAGUGAGCUAAAAGGAGCACGGCCCAGUUUGUAGCUUUGUAGGUCACUGAAGGAGAAGGCAGGCUCUGCAGUGUGCCUGGAAAUGCUCUGUGCCAUGGCAACUCUGCUUCCCUGGGCUCUUAAGGAAGAAACUGGAGUGAGAAGCAGGAGGAAGAUGACCCCCAGCUGCCCCAGUGUUACUCUUUGAAGCUGUGUGGCUGCAACACCACUUCAAACCUUGGGGGAGAAAUUUCCUAGUCAGGAAAUAUGGACAUCCUGGGGCAGACCCUGUGCCUGUCAGGAAUCUGCUCAGCUCCUGGGGAAUCAGUGUGCUCCUCUGUGUGCAGCAACAGGUGAUGGUGCUCCUCUAGGGACUGAUUAAAUUUCCUGAUACCUUGCAGGAGGCUGCUCGGUGGCAGGGAGCAGGAACUAGGAAAAAAGGAGUAGAACAAAGCAAAGCCAUGCAGAUUCAGUGGAAGAAGCCACCUUCCAAACUGCACUGCUCCAAGCAGUUGCUGCUCUCAGCUGUCAAGGCCUCUGAGCUGUUGCUGCAGGGAAGAGGACAGGGCUGCCUGGAGCCAUGUCCAACGAUCCACCCCCACCCUACCCGGGGGGCCCCUCGGCACCGCUGAUAGAAGAGAAGCACGGCCCACCCUCGGCACCAGAGGGUGUCACCCCUGUGGUGGGACAGCCCCAGGGGGUUCCCAUCCCCCCUCCUGAGUUCGGACCCCCCCCAUAUGAGCCCCCCUCGCAGCCGGGGUUUGUGCCGCCCCACAUGCCCACGGAUGGCUCUGGGCCCUAUGUGCCACCAGCAGGAUACUACCCACCCCCAGGCCCUCACCCCCCCAUGGGCUACUACCCUGCCCCAGGCCCCUACCCCUCUCCUGGUGGCCACACGGCCACAGUGCUCGUCCCACCGGGAGCUGCCACCACAGUCACAGUGCUGCAGGGAGAGAUCUUCCAGGGUGCCCCGGUGCAGACCGUGUGUCCCCACUGCCAGCAAGCCAUCACCACCAAGAUCUCCUAUGAGAUUGGGCUCAUGAGCUUCCUUCUUGGCUUCUUCUGCUGCUUUGUGGGGUGUGAUCUCUGCUGCUGCCUGAUCCCCUGCCUGUUCGAUGACUUCAAGGACGUGACACACACGUGUCCCAACUGCAAGGCCUACAUCUACACGUACAAGCGCAUGUGCUAACGGCGCCCGGGAGCCACUGGAGUGCCGCCGGCCCUGUCCCGCUGCCGUCCGUCUCCGCGUGUGCAUCACCCCUCGCUUCCCCCGCCGGUGGUGUGUAUGUGUUAUCCCCGGCUCCCUCCCGCGCAGAGCUGCCACCACCUGCCCCCAGCUCUGCUCCUCACUUGGAAUAGUUGGAUUGGUGACACUGGUGCACAGGGGAGGUGGGCCCAGGUCUAGACGCUGUGUGGGGGCUGCCCUGCAGUGCACAGGAGUGGGAGGCAGCGCUCUGCACCCCAUUACGCUCCAGGGUGUGAGCGAGGCCCUUCUCACCUGGAGCAACCCUGGGAAGAGCAGCAGCUGCUGGAGGUGCCCACCCCAGUCCCACAGUGCAGGGGGUGCCUGGCUGCAGGGAUGUGCUGGGAUGGGAGCCCAGGAGGGGCCCCAAGCAGCCCACGGUGCCCUCAGGGGAUGCAGCACAGCCUUUGUGGCACUUUCAGGAAGGGGCUCAGUGACAAGGAGACAGGGCAGUGUCCACACACCAGGUUUCCGUGUGGUUCACAGCCCCCUCCAGCCCCGUGGCAAAGCCCCUUCCCGAGCGGAGGCAGAGCUGCCUCUGAGCACGGAGAGGGGCCCGGCAGCAGCACUGCCCCCUUAUCAGCACCUCCGUCCUGCCCGGCGGCCACUCCAGCUGCAUGCGCCUCCUCCCGGCCCCGCCGCGGCUCUGGGGCGGGGACAGCCCCGAGCAGCCCUCGCCCCCCUGGCAACCUGAGAGCCAAAACCGCACCCGGCAUGUCCUGGCUGCCCGGCACGUAGAGUAGAGGAGUUUGUUCCCAGGCCGCAGCUCCGGAGCCGUCCUGGGCCCGGCAGGGUCUGUAGGGUUCUCCUUGCAUGUGGUGUAGGGGGUAUUUUUAGCUUCUGUGGGGCAGAAGGAAGGGGCAAGCAGGCAGCGACAGGAGCUGCCAGCAGCACUCGCACAGCAGGGGCAAGAGGAGCUGGGAGCCAAGUUCAGCCUCUCGGGGCUGCUCCUCCCUCCUCUGCCCCUGCAGCUCCCAGAGCGAAGUUGGGGGGCGUCUCUCAGAACACAGGUCUGCAAACACAGCCUGGCCUGCACAGGCUGCUGCUGUUUGCUCAGGGGUGGAACUGUGGCACUAGUCAGUGUUUUUAUGUAAAUAAAUAACAGACCCUGAA